AGCAGAGGAUCCCUAUUCGCCGCUCGUAGCAUGACGCACUCCGGUUUCCCCCGAAUAUGCAAUGAGUUCCUUGAGGCUCCAGUGCAAAUAAAGAUAGCGGACCGCCGCCUGCGGCUUCAACUUUUUAUACUGACAACGUAAAGCUAUGCCUUUUGCAUAAUCGUGAACUAAGGGACUUAGAUCCCAGAAGGAGCCUGCGGGGUGAAGAAGAAGAAGGAGAAAGACAGAGGAGGAUACUUUCGGGCGGAGAAACGCAAAGUAACACAAUAGAAAAAAAGUGAACUUACGACCUAGAAUCAGAAGUUGUGAUUUACCUAAAACAGCGGAGAACCGAAAAAAACCAACAUUUCCGUUUUAAAGAUGAGUUUGAUGUCUGCUAUAGACACCAGUGCCAACGUGUACCAACCUGCACAGCUUUUAAACUGGGUAUAUCUCUCUUUACAAGACACCCAUCAGACCAGUGCAUUUGAUGCGUUCAGACCAGAAUCGAACUCUUCCCAUCCGGAACUGAGCUACACCAAGCCUCCCGCUGCUGACCUGGGCUCCUCUUUAAAUUCCAGCUAUCUGAACAACUUCUUUCAGCUCCAGAGGAAUGAGGCCUUGAAUAACAGCUUAUAUAAAGGUGCCUCCCCCUAUGGCUCCCUAAACAACAUUGUGGACGGACUGAGCUCUCUAACGGACCAUUUCUCCGAACUUUCCCUCUCCUCUGAGCCACGCAAGCCAAGCAAAAAGCCCCCUCCCAACUACCUGUGUCAUCUUUGCUUCAACAAGGGACACUACAUAAAGGACUGCCCCCAGGCACUAAAAGAGACAGCUGCAGGGGCAGAAGAUCCGGAGGACCCCGAAACACUGGUCCCUUUUAGCUUUUCCUGGUUGCAGUCCUGCAGCAGCACCUGACUGUGGCUCUCACAUAAAGGCCGGCCUUUUGGGGGGGGGCGGGAGGUGGGGGUUGCGGAAAUCGCCAGUUAAAUAGCAGUGCCGCAGGGGUGCAGCUGAUGGAUGACAGUGUUAUUUCUGUGCUUCUUCAAAGAAGUGAAGCCAUCAAACUGGCUCUUCUCCAACCACCUUUGUAUCCCGCGAUGAAAGGGAGGUGGAUCUUUAUGCGCGUCUGUUGGAACAUCUGAAAAACCUCGGCUAAAAAAUAAAGCUAAUAUAUUGACAGCGACAAGAAUGUGUGCAGUUAGGUACAGAGUGGAGUAAGGUUUAUAUAAAUAAGAUCAGUAAGCUGAGGAAUGCAGCUGUACAAUUUGAGAAACGUGUGUAAUGUAAACAGAUGGAAGGAGCGCGGGUUUCGGCCGCAGAGCCUCUCUUUGACUUCUGCACCAUCCGGCUUGAGCCAAAAUAUACUUCAUUUGGCUUUACAUUCUACCGGUGGUUAAGUGAAGGCAAAACAAGCCCUUUGAUUCGAUGCAUGUCUUGGGAUAGCACACGCUGUCGUGGGGUUUCAUGUAAACUCAGGCGUCGCGUACUUGCUUUUCGACGUGUUAUGUGGUGAACCACAAACUUCUGAUUUAAACAACUUUCCUAGGGGCCCUUGCAGAAAUCGGUUCAAGUGCAUUAAACACAAGUGUUGAAUCCUUGUUUUCAGAUCUUUCUUAGAUAGUGUUUCAGAUUGUGAGUUCACAUAAAUUGUUGAUUUAAUUGGUUUUAUAGCGGCACGAUAGUAACUAACCUGUAAUAAACAGCAUGUUUUUAUACCGGAUUAAUGAUAUAUUUUUAAUGGCAGAGAUAUUUUCAAAAAUUGGAAGACUUUUGUUGCAUUGGUGAAAUUUUUCUUUGAUACUAAUUAUAGUUGACACUGUAUAUCAUUCACGUUUCACCCUCAUUUCUGGGCAUUCCUUAAUGAGCACAUGGAUACCGGGUAUAGAGAGGGAGUGUAGCCUCCAUUCUUGCCCUCUGCCUUUUAACAUUUGUGGCACUUGUGUUGCUCUCUGACCUCCGGUGACUGUGUUUUACUGCACAGGCAGAGAGUGAAAGCUGCUUCCUCAAUCGGGAAGAUGAGGCUCAUCUUAUUGGCCAUGUGCAAGUUGCUGGCACCAAUCCUGUCAUUGAGGGGUAGGGACAGGGACAGCCAGCACACGAGUCCCCUUUCCCUACGUGACACACGGCUGGGGAAUGACUGCAUGUAAUUGCUAGAUCAUUCUGCAAUUAUUUUUCACUCGUGACUACGGCGCUCUUGACUGGACUUCAACAAGUUGUGAAAAAAAACCUCAAGUCAUUUUGCAAUCGUUUAAAAAUCGCCAACAGUCGGAGACUAGAAGCAUGUGACUUUAACAACAAGACUUUUCUUUCACGUGCUACAUUUAUUUGUAGGUUUUCCUUGUGCCACCCUCUACCACCUCCAGCUAACAUAUAACUUAAAACAGUCAGUGCGGCUCCAUGAUGGGUUUCAUGUUUUCCUGUGCUAUCCGAAUGUGCACUUCAUCUGGCUUUGAUUUCCUUUCCCCGCGGUCCUUUACGGCUUGAUUGGAGAGCCUUCUCCAGCUGGGAGUGAUGACUGCGCCGCUGAAGUAUUUGUCCUGUAGCAGGACGCCUCUGCUCAUUGGUUGAGCUCUCAGGCUUGGGCCCCCGUUGCUGUCCUUGGAGGCCACAGCUGGAGGGAGGACCCCCAUUUCAAAUCUGAUGUGCGUUAAAGAUUUACAGUCGAGGGCUAUACCUUCCUAGCCAGUUAACUGAAUUUUUAGUUACCUCAAUCUGAAACUAUUUCUUCCGAUGAUUUUUUUUUUUUUUUUUUAAAUGACCCACUAAAUGUUACUGAGAGAUUCUAAGGAUUUUGUCUUCACUGAGAAAAUGGGCAGCACAGCCUUUUCUCAAUAGAAUAAGCUUGAAUUUUAAGGCCUUUAUUGAAUCUGUAAAUUAUGUGAAUGGGACAUAAUACUUUGACUAAAAAAAUCACAUCAGUCACUUAAUUAUUAACAGUUUAUGGCAGUCAACAAUUGUCUCACCUGAAAAUAGGCUAGGGUCAAAACAAGUACCUGUUAACUUUACAGGGGUUAAUAAAGACAGAAAUAUUUUAAAGCAUUCUACACCUGUAAGUACAUCGGCGGGUCAGUAUAAUGGCAGCUCUGCUGGUUGGCUUCUUGCUAGGUCUCUCAGAUGCAUCCAUUACACGUAUCUUGCAUGUGCUGAAUUUGUAGUCCUUUUGUUUCCGAGCAUUGCGCAAUACGGCCGUGUAAACACAACCAAAACUCACCCUUUGCCCCAAGCAGCUGUUGUUUAAACUGUUCUUGAAAUCACUGUCGUCAUUUCAUAUUUAUCCUUUGUAGAUCAUUUUUCUUGCAGCUUUUGUUUUCACAGAAAGAUGGACGAUCUUAGGUUAUGCAUUCGGGAAGCUUUUGCUCAGUCACCGCUGCCCCAGUUAAACCUUGAACAAUCAGUGAAUAAACGCAAUACCAGUGAUCAUCUUACACUAAAAUCUUAUGCAUCUUAU